AUGGACCGCUCCCCACUCGGAGCGCUCGCGCCCGAGCUACGCAACCGCAUCUACGAGCUCGCCCUCUACGAACGCCGCCCCGUCUCCAUCUCCAAAAACUUCUGGGCGGAAGCAGCCCUGCUGCGCACAUGCAAACAAGUCCGCCAGGAAGCCGAACUCCUCUUCUACUCCAUCAACGACUUCAUCUUCGUCACCGAUCUCCAGGAAAACGAGGACUGGAAACGUUUGCUGCAUUGGGUGCAGCGCGCUCCGACGCAAAAGUUUGCGCUCAUCAAGAGCUUCACUGUCCAGGUGGAAGCGCCGGGCCGCGAGCUUCCCUGGUACUGCCGUCGCAAUCGUUUGGAGAUCGUCAAAUCGCAGAAGUUGUGA